AUGGCCGUCCAUGAUAAUGGCCGUAGCUUCAGUGUCUCCUACAAAUGGACCGGAGAUGCAUCUCUUGUCAAAGGCUACCCGUACAUGAAGGCUCAUCCGACUAGGCUCCCUGUCCAGCUAUGGAACGUCACUCAACUACAGGUCACAGGGAAUUGGCAGACUUACGUUGCUGGCAAAGAAAAGGCCAGUGCUGAGCAGCAAGCCCAGGCUUUCGAUGAUGUUUCGCUCUACGCCAACGUUGCUGUCGACAUGUUCCUGUCCGAUAACAAGGAGAACUCAACCAUGGUCGGCGCCCCCAUUGAAAUCAUGAUUUGGCCCUGGUGGACGCCAACUGUAAAACCACUAGGAUGGGCCGAGUCCACUCCCGACAAAGACACCGUCACCAUCGACGGCACCCCUUUCUCAUUGUACCAUGGCUGGAAUGAUGGGGGACAACAUGUUUUUUCAUGGUUGGCUCGCACCAACCUCACCAAGAUCGAUGCCGACUACGGACCUUUGCUCACCUAUAUCUGGAAGAAGGGUAUGCUGUCAGGCGCAAUAUGGCUAGGGCAACUCGAGCUGGGCACCGAAAUCAAACACGCCGCUGGCGACAUGCACUUUGAAGCCAGUAACUACACCUUGAAGGUUGUUAGGCAAGGAGAUCCAGAAGACAAGGCGACCUCAACUUCCACAACUCGAUCUAGUACUAGCCAGACCGCGACGACGAAGACAAUGAUGACGACAGCCGCAGCUGAAGCCGCCACCACUUCUGCGCCGUCUCCUACCAGCACCAAUGCCGCGUCUACUUCUUUGCUUGUAGACCUUUCAACAGUUUGUUGGAUCUCGCUCGCCACAGUCUUGUUGUGUUAA